CUGUGUUUAGAUAACAUAAGCCUGUGAGAGACUUAGAGGCACCCUAUCAGACAUGCUUGAGAUUCCUGCUCUGCUUCAGGAAAGAUCAAAGCACAGUGGCGAAAUACCUGUGUGAAUCCCUGACAAACAGGCAAGGGCAGCAGGUUUGGUGAUCCUCUAGCAUGGACCAAGCUCUGUGGUGCCUGUGUCCCACUUGUGUGCCUCUGCCUGGGUGCUGCUUUGGGGAUCUCCUGGUCAAUGAGGUAAGGGAAAUGAACAUCAUCUUUGUGUUUUUGUGGUUGCUCCUGUGUCUCGCCUGUGCUGACUCACGCAAUCAAGCAGGGAAAGCAUGUGAUUAUAGAAAGUAAUACAUAAUCUGGUGAGACAGAAUCUGCAUAACUUGUGGCCUUCGUAAGAUGAAUAAAAGGAAAAUGUGAGGUUUUUGUGUGAGAAUUGAAUUCAUAGGCAGUGAAUGCCUAUGGUAAGAGGGUAAUGACUUCCUGUACUACAGGCUAAUUCAGACCAGGUUUUGUCUCCAGGCAGCACAUGAUUUGGUUGAUGAAAAUGAAAACUUAGUUCCCUAAUGCAGGAAAGUAGGUACUUUAUCCAAAUUUAUUAUUCUGGAGAUUCCCUUUGGAUUAUAGGGACACAAACCAUUUUACAGCUCCACACAAAUUAAUUCACACCUGGCAGACCCACAUGUUUCUCCUCUUUCUUCAGCAAAGAUACCCAAUUCCAAGAGAUUAAUUCCAUUAUCCUGUGUUUGAAUGGCAUUAAGAGAAGACUGCAAAGGCGGAUGCAGAGUGGAUGUGCACCAGGCUCACUUGGGGCACCAUCAAUAUUUUCAUCCCUUCAGAAGAUCAGCAACAUCUGGUGACCCCGCGACGUGUACUGCAACCGCAGCCCCUAAGAAGGUACGUGCCAGACCGCGACCGGCCCCCCUCUGGGGCUGCACGAAACUAUAGACUGAGACAUGGAGCAUAAAUCCUUCAAAGAAAGCAAGGUAUUUUCUGCCUUCAAGUCUGUGAUACAGAUCGCGGGAGUUAAUAUAAGUGAGGAGGAGCUCACUGCGUUAUCUACCUGGUCCAUCGGACACGGAUAUUUUGCAGACUUUGAUAAUGUUUUGAACCCAGACACCUGGAGGGGACUGGGGGAUGCCCUAAUCCAUGAAUUUUCAGCUGGCGACGCAGGGGUAGCUGAUUUGAUACGUACCUGGGGGACUUUACACGAAGCAAUGGAAAAAUGGACAAAAAGCAGAGACAGAAAAGUCAACCCAGGAUCAGAUGAAUCUGAGUCUGGGGGCUUCCCUAGCUCAGAUGGGGAUGGUGAGUUCUCUGAGGGUGGCGGGACCCCGAGUAGCACGGGAAGUUCGGUCGUCGAGCUCCCGAUACCUUCUCGGGAGAAGACGAAAGGUGCGUACCCCUGCCCCCUGAAAUAUAUCCAUCCCUCACUGGUAGGAGGAUCGGGGCACCCCCCGUCUUUAGCCCCUGCUUCAGUUACCGCAGUGGGAUCUGCCCUCCCUGGGACCCCGAGUAGUGUGGGAAGUUCGGUCAUCCGGCUCCCGAUACCCUCCCGCAGGAAGACAAAGGGUGUGUACCCCUGUCCCCGGAAAUAUAUCCAUCCCUCACCCGUAGGAGGAUCGGGGUGCCCCCUCUCUUUAGCCCCUGCUUCGGUUGCCACGGUGGGAUCUGCCCUCCCUGCGGCCCUGCCGUUGCCAUCCGUGGAAGCGGCGGUGGGGGUCAUGGCGACUGCCGCCUCGGCACCGCUGCCUACGAUGGCGCAACCGGCCACGCUGGCACCACAAGCGGCUCCCGCGCCAUCAGCCCUGUACCUGGGCUCAGUGCAGCACCCUUGGUCACCCGCACCCACGUGUUCGGUGUCCUCUUGUCCCACUCCGAGCCCUGUAGCCCUUGGUUAUCAUACACAUGUCCCAACAGUUGGGGAUUUUUCGGCUCAGGGGAGGAAGCAGCAGUGGCCAUGCUCCCCAAUAUCUGACUCUCUCGGGGAACAAAUCUUGGCAGAUUUGCACGAGAUAAAACAACAGCUCAGACUACUGUCAAUCUAUCUACCAUGUCAAUGGUCAAUCCCUGAUAUGCCCGGGAAAAAAUGGGCUGAGGGGCACACAGGGGAAUUGCGCCCAGAUACAAAUGUUUCCCCAGGCUCCUCUGACACAGGCCUACUCAGCCGGCUUUCAGCCAGCACCCGGGGAUCAGCCGGGGUGGAUGUGUACACCGCAGUAACAGUUGUCUUAGACUCCAGUCGUGUUUAUAAGGUUCCCUUUGAUGCUUAUGGACCCCUAGGUCAAGGCUUCAGCGCACUGCUUGUGGGUAGAUCUAGUGUUACCAUUCAGGGGAUCUUUGUACACCCAGGAGUUAUUGAUGCUGAUUUUACAGGCCAGAUUUGUGCUAUGGUUUCCACAUCCACCCCCCCUGUUACUAUUCCUGAAAAGACUAGAAUUGCUCAACUUGUCCCUUUUAAGUCUUGUGUUCCUAGGGCAGAACAACGAAGUCGUGGAGAUGGUAGCUUUGGCUCUACGGGACUUCCGCAGGUCUUCUGGACUGCAGACAUCUCCAGCCAAAAGCCUCAGAUGACGUGUACCCUAAUCCUGCCAAAUGCCCAUCCACCCCAGAUCCAUCUCCGAGGUUUGAUCGACACGGGCGCUGAUGUGACAAUUAUCUCCUUCUCUGCAUGGCCUCUCACGUGGCCUCUGGCCCCUGUGGGGUCAGCCAUCGCAGGGUUGGGAGGAACCACACAGAGCUAUUUAAGCGAGCAACCUGUGCUGGUGAAAAAUGCAGAGGGGCAAACAGCUACAGUUCGGCCCUAUGUCACUACAGCUCCGCUUAACCUCUGGGGGCAGGAUGUGUUGGCAGCUUGGGGGGUACGGAUUGGGACAAAUUUUUGAUGGGGGCUACUGUACUGAAGGGCGCAGUAUAUCCUACGCUGCCUUUGUGGUGGCUAGUACACAAGUCUAUCUGGAUUCAUCAGUGGCCCCUACCAAAAGAGAAAUUAGUUGCCCUUCGCCAGUUAGUCCAGGAACAGUUACAACAGGGGCAUCCUGAGCCUUCUACUAGUCCCUGGAAUACUCCUGUUUUGUAAUCAAGAAAAAAUCAGGGAAAUGGAGAUUGUUACAGGAUCUCCGAGAAGUCAAUGAAGUGAUGGAAAGUAUGGGGGCAUUGCAGGCUGGCAUGCCCUUACCCACCAUGAUCCCAACAGGGUGGGAAAUCCUGAUCAUUGAUUUGAAGGAUUGUUUUUUCACUAUUCCUUUACAUCCUAAUGAUAAGCCAAAAUUUGCUUUUACUGUGCCUGCAGUUAACAAUGCCUGCGGUUACCUGCGCAGAGGUAUCAAUGGAAGGUUCUACCUCAGGGCAUGAAGAACAGCCCAACUAUUUGCCAAUGGUAUGUCGCUCAAGCUUUGUCCGGAGUCCGUGAGCAGUUUCCUGGGGCAUACUGCUACCAGUACAUGAAUGGUAUCGUGGUGGCAGCAUCCACCCAGGACGAGAUGCUGAGGAUUCAGCCUCGGCUGUUUGCUGCUCUGCAUUCUUAUGGAUUGCAGGUGGCUCUGGAGAAAGUUCAACGGCAACCUCCUUGGAAAUACUUAGGAGUCAAAAUUCUGGAUCAGACCAUACAACAUCAGGAGGUGCAAUUCUCGGAUUCUAUUAAGACUUUGAAUGAUGCUCAGAAAUUGCUGGGUAUCAUUAAUUGGUCAUGUCCUUAUUUAGGGCUAACCACGGCCCAGCUUGCCCUGCUUUUUAAUAUUUUAAAGGGGGACCCUGAGUUGAAUUCACCUCUAAAAUUGACUCCUGAAGCGCGACGAGCGCUGGAGGAGGUGCAACAGGCUGUUUCUGCUCAUCAGGUUCAUUGAGUGGAUCCCUCCAUUGAUAUCACCGUUUUCAUUACCACUCCAGAUCUUCAUCCCACAGGUAUCAUUGGCCAAUGGAAUAAAGAGUGGCCCAACCCUUUACAUAUCCUAGAAUGGGUCUUCUUGCCACAUCAGCCAAAAGAGACAGCACCACAUUGUUUGAAUUGAUCGCUUGUUUGAUAAUCAAAUGCCGCCAACAGUGUCCGCAAUUAAUGGCAGCGGAUCCUGCAACAAUUGUUCUUCCGAUACAGCAGGAACACUUUGAGUGGAGCCUUACUAACAGUGCUCCUUUGCAAAGUGCGCUGCAAAACUUUUCGGGACAGAUUGCUCAACAUCUGCCCAGCCAUAAAAUACUGCGAAUGGCAAAAUUGACCAGCUUCACCUUACGACCAAAAAAUAGUCGGGUGCCAGUGAAAGGGCCCACCGUCUUCACCAAUGGGUCUGGGAAAACUGGGAGACCUGUAGUUAGCCGGAGGGAAGAAUCUGAGUGGCAGGUGCUGGAAGGUCAUGAGUCAGGCUCAGCCCAGCUGGUUGAACUGAGGGCUGUUGCCAUGGCUUUUCAGCAGUUUUCUCAGGUUCCUUUGAAUUUGGUCACUGACUCUGCCUAUGUAGCAGACAUAACUCAGUGCUUAGAUUGCUCACUUUUGAAGGAAGUGAAUAAUGCAGCUCUGUUUUCACUAUUGAAGGCCUUGUGGAGUGCAAUUCAAGCUCAAGUGCAUCCAUAUUACAUUUGGCAUAUUCAAAGCCACACUAAUUUGCCAGGUUUCACAACAGAAGGCAAUGCCAGGGCUGACAGGUUAGCUAACCCUGCCUGAGUAGCGCCUCAGCCUGACAAAAUUGCACAAGCAAAAGCAUCGCACAAUUUCUUCCAUCAAAGUGCGCAUUCCCUGCAGAAACAGUUUCAUUUGACGCCAGCUGAGGCUCGGGACAUUGUCAGUGCUUGUGCUGACGGUCACGGGCUCGCUGCACCUCCGCUGUCAGGGGUAAACCCUAGAGGCCUACAGGCCUUGCAGCUUUGGCUGUUCGGAUGUAACACACAUUCCUGAAUUUGGCAGAUUUAAGCAUGUGCAUGUGUCUAUUGACACAUUCUCCUCAGCUAUGUGGACAUCUGCUCAUACUGGGGAGAAAGGCCGUGAUGUUAUCUCCCAUAGGAAACUCACUUCCGUGAUUUUGGGCGUGCCUUCUUCUAUGAAAACCGAUAAUGGCCCUGCCUAUGUCUAUCAGAAGACACGGCAGUUUCUGCACCUGUGGGAUGUAGAUCAUACCUUGGGUAUUCCUUAUUCUCCUACUGGCCAAGCCAUUGUUGAACACGCUCAUGGUACCUUGAAGUGUGUUCUGGAGAAACAAAAAGGGGGAAUGCAUGGAGAAACCCCACAGAGCUGACUAGAAAAAGCUUUAUAUACAACUAAUCAUCUUACAGCGCCACUAAAUUCAAACAAUCCUGUUAUUUUGAAUCAUUUUCUCUCAUUGCAGUCUGCAGGCGAGACGCACCUGCCUCGAGCGAAAGUCUGGGUACGGGACCUCCUCACUGAGAAGUGGGAAGGCCUGCAUGAGCUUAUUGCUUGGGGUCGUGGGUAUGCUUGUGUUUCCACAGAUACUGGGGUGCGAUGGCUACCUGCAAGAUGUGUUCACCCUGACCUGCAGCACCAGAAGCAGAACAGGCAUCCUCAAAGGCAACCUUCAAAUGAUGACCAGAAUGCAGAUCAUUCAUCGAAUGAUCCCUCUGAUGGUGACCAAGAUGUUGACCAUCAGCCUGGUCCUUCUACAAGCAGAGACUGAAUUUCAGAGAGUGAAUUUCAAGUUUCUUAUGUUAUGGAGUCAGAAUGUUAUGCAGAAUGUUAGAGCCCUUAAAGCUAUUCAGAAUUAAUGACUGGACGUAUAGCUGGAUUCGCUAGAGGUAUCUCCCCUGGCGUUGCUGGAGAAUCUCUCUGCCUACUCUAAGUUAGUAUCUGAUUUGGGUUUAGUUUGGUAACAGCCACUACCAAAUGGAUCCUUAUGCUGUGUUUGUUCUCCUUGCUGCAAGGGAUCCCGCAGAGGAUUACAAACGCUACUGUUUUGGUCUUUAAAACAAGAAGGGGGAAUUAUGGAUGCUAAAAAAGCUAGCAGAGAAAUUUUCCUGCUUGCCUCCUGUGAAAGUCUUUGUUCUCAUGCAAACUAGCUGAGAAAUGGUUUGCUAUUUUGUAAACCAAGACUUUAUCUCACAGGUGCAAACUUGUUUUGCAUGGCCUUGUUAUGGUACACUGAAGAAAAUAUUUUGAAAUAGGUGUUAUACUGUUCAGCCAAUCACUCUGGGAGGUGGAUGGUCAAGCACCCAAUGUUGUUAUGCCACUCUUGUGAAUCAAGUUAUAUAAAUGCAGUGGUAAUUAAUUAAAUAAUUCCAUUCUAUCCUGGACCUGAAUUCUGGGUCGUUCUUCGUGCUGUCCCUGCGGACAACAGCAACA